GAGAGAGAGGGGGCAUCUUUUUCCCUUUCCUUUCCCUUUACGCGCACAAUGAUACCUUCUCUCUCCUCUCCCUCUGUAAAGACAAAACCGUGGGAUCUAUCUCGUCCCACCGCUCCCUCUUCUUCUUCUUCUCUCUCUCUCAUGCACCUUUCCGUUUCUUGUAUCUAUUAACCUCUGCUUUCCUCUUCUUGGGCUCUUAUAUCUCACUUGAGAUCUACCCUUUUCUUCUUUGUGAAUCUCAGAUCUCUAAUUUUUCUUCUUUUGCUAAAUAAUUCUGUGAUUUCCUAAAUAUGACCUCCUUCCGCCCAGAUCCGACCUCCAGAAUCUACCCGGAGCCGGAGUCUCUCUCAGUCGACCACUUCGACCGUCUUCCCGACUCCCUCCUCUUGCUAGUGUUUAACAAAAUCGGAGAUGUCAAGGCUCUCGGUAGAUGCUGCGUCGUUUCACGCCGUUUCCACUCUCUCGUCCCCCAAGUAGACAACGUUGUUGUAAGAGUCGAUUGCGUUAUUUCCGAUGACGAUACUUCCCCUUCUUCUUCCUCUGAGAAAUCUCGGUCUUCCAGUUCGUCUUCUGGGCUCUCGUCUAUUUUUCGGUUGGUCUUUGGUGGCUUUGUUAAGCCUUUCCAGGCUCUUGGUCAGCUGCUUGGACCAAGGAGAGAGAUGAUAAAUUCUUACCCUUCGCGGAAUGGGUUUUUUUCUUCUUCAUCGAGUUCUGCGUCGUCGUUUUCUUCCCUUUCUGUUGGUAAUGAGGACGAAGGGGAAAUGGAUCAGGGUGGUGUUACCCAUCAUUCCCCUACUCAGGUUCUUAAGAAUUUUAACGAAAUUCGGUUUUUACGGAUCGAGUUGCCUAGUGGGGAAUUGGGUAUUGAUGAUGGGGUGCUUCUGAAAUGGAGGGCUGAUUUCGGAUCUACACUUGAUAAUUGUGUUAUUCUAGGUGCUGCUUCGGUAAUCAACAAUGGACAUAACAAGAGUUGCUCUGUCUUGCAAGAAAACUGCUCCGAUGGGGUUUCUGGGAACGUGAAUAACCACCACAGCAACGAUGGUGGUAAUGUUAAUAGUGGUGGUGAUGAUAAUGGGAGCAUACCUGAGUCAUUUUACACCAACGGGGGCUUGAAAUUGAGGGUUGUAUGGACUAUUAGUUCCUUGAUUGCUGCCUCUGCAAGGCAUUACUUGCUUCAACCCAUAAUAGCAGAACACAAGACUCUUGAUACCUUGGUACUGACUGAUGCUGAUGGGCAGGGAGUCCUGUGUAUGAAUAGGGAACAACUGGAGGAGUUGAGGGUGAAGCCCUUAUCAGCUUCUUCUGCAUCGAAGAGGACGCUUGUGCCUGCUCUGAAUAUGCGACUUUGGUAUGCACCCCACUUGGAAUUGCCUGAUGGAAUUGUGUUGAAAGGGGCAACUUUAGUUGCUAUUAGACCUAGCGAGCAGUCUACCUCCAAGAAGGAGGUCUGUGAUGCAUUUUGGGUUUCCACUGCAUUUGAGGAGCCUUAUGGUACUGCCGCAAAGAUGCUGGUAAAGAGAAGGACUUACUGCUUGGAGAUGAACUCAUUCUGAAGAUAGCAAUGGAACUGAGGGAAAGCACAAACGGUUUGGGGGAAGGUGAAUGUGCAAGUUCUUUCGAAGUGGAGAAUCAGAAACAAAUUUUGCUUGACACUUGACCUGAAAUGGGUUUGCUGUCCCAUGGAGCUGAAGCUUGUGUUUGAUUGCUACUAUGACACCCAUCCUUAGUCGAUUAUUCACUACAAUAAUUCGACUUUUAUGUGCUUUAACUGAUAAUUAAAAUGCAUCUGCUGGUUGUUUUUAUUGAGGCAUUUGCUUGUAAGGGUGCACACGUGCAACUAGAUGAAUGUUGCAAGAUCGGAGUUUGUAGUCAUUUACUUCAAUCUAUAAUCUGUAUGUGAAAAUUGUAGGUAUGAAUAUGUUGUGCUUAUAUUAGACUUUUGCCGCACGUCGAGCAAUGUAGCUUGAAUUAACCCUAAAA